AUGGGCCAGAGGCUUCACCACGCCUUCGCCAAGCAGGAGGAGCAACUACAGGAGAGAUACAAGAACCUGAUGAGGAACAGCACGGAUCUGGGGCCUUUAACUGUGAUUCUUAUAACCCUGUAUCUAUUUGCAGCCCGGAGGUGUCCUCUGGGAUGGAUUAAGUUCCAGUGCAGUUGUUACAGAGUCUAUACUUCUAAGAGGACCUGGGAGAACAGCCACCAGUACUGCAAGAGCCAACAGGCCGCCCUGGUGAUCAUCAACAGCAGAGAGGAGCAGGUAUUUGUCAAUAGUUUGCUCCCGGACAAUAUGCAGAGCUGGAUGGGUUUGAGUGACAUCAGGACCGAAGGGGUUUGGACCUGGGUGGACGGAACCACCCUCAAUACAUCGUGAGUUAACCUUAGGUCAUCUCCCUCCCAGCUAGUCAACUAUCCCAUCAU